AAAACCGGUGAUGAAUCGACUACGUGUUUCACGAGCAAUAACUCUAAGUCUAAAAUUCCAUUUCAGAGCUUCAAAUCCUUUCAAAUCUUACACAAAUUUGCAAACAACUUUUUGAGAUACAUUGUUGUCCAGCCUCCGGACGACAAACUUCUAAAGUUAACGGCGGAUUGUGAUUGCGGCGUAGUGGGAGGAUGAUAGAAGUGCAAUGUUUGAACAUUCAUUCGAAUGACAGGUGGUGAGGCGAGCAGGUCGUGAGUGUUCGUGUCGGAGGUGUUUAGUGCUUUUUUAAGUGCAGUUAUUUAUCAACUGGAUAAUUGGAUAUAUAAGAAGUACAAAAGUGUCAAUCAAGGAUUGACCGAUUUUUGUGUCAUGUUAAUAUUCUAUGUGAAUCGUGUUGAUUGCAGUUAGUCUGUCGAGUUUUAUAAUGUAUACGGCAUACGAUCUUCCCGAGGCACUUAGCUACGUAAGGAAAGAUUGUGCAGGGGUCAAAUUGGCAGAUCUAUAUGGGGCAAUGCGUAUCUCGUAAGGCGGGGGCUGUCAUGGCAGCAUCCGGCUACUCACCAUCUUAUCGAAUUAUGGACAAGCCCGCGAAGAAACAGAACGACAAAGGUACGACAAAGAGGGGUAUGCCGUAUACAAGAGGCGCGGCCAUAUCCUUCGGUUUUCGCAGGAGACCCACAACGACCGGGAUUCCAGUUCCAAUAGCGAGUUACAACUCGGAAUCGACCAUAAUUCACCCCAGGUCGAAAUCAGCUGGACCAGAACACGAUCGAAGGUGCGAUGAGGACAACUAUCAUCAAAUAAGAACCCAAAGCUCUUCUUCAGGCCGAUCAACACCUCGCCUUGCACCACCCAAGAAGGAAUCUUCGGGCCUUGCAGUGCGAACGAAUCGAUUUGGAUUCCGACAUCCGCAGGUCAGAUAUACCGACAAAGUCACUGACGUCUGCACCAGCCACAAUGCUAGCCACUUUAAUCAGGAAAAGAUGCUUCAACAACAUGUCUCUCAACAGCAGAUAAUUCAGCAACAACACCAGGACAAUUACAAUCUACGGCAAAGUAGAGCACCGCAAGCCUACAACAAUCCGCCAAUUUCGAAACCUAGACCUUCUCCGGUCAAUCAUCCUUCCUACAACAAUAAUCAUUUCGAAGAUCGGAAGGUUUCUGGAAUUCCAGAACCUAUCAGCAAGUACACUUUGCAGACGAGUCAUUUGCCCCUUCCUCAAUAUGCAGUUAGGGUCAACGAAUCGAAUUCUAAAAUUGCGAAAACAGCAGCUAAUCAGAGCAGGAAGGUGUCUACAAACUCCAGAGGAUGUUCGAGUUCUAAGGAUGGAUCUGGUACCGAGGAUUCUGGAGUUGGGAGUCAUCAUGGCUAUUCAGACGAAACUGACAUGGCUCGAGGUCUUGAUUUUAUCGAUAGUAGUCCAGCAGGAAGUAGGCGAGGGUACAUUAGACCGAGGAAUUUAAGAAUGGUAGUCACAGGGAAGAGUUUUGAUGUGAGAGAUGUGGAUGAUGAUAGCACUGUGACUGAGAUUUCCGUGAUCCCCCUUCCAAAAUCUUUUGCUACUCCUGCUAAUUUGAAUACCGGGUUGGUGAGGGAAAGAGCAACUCACUAUCAAAGGAUUCUGAACAAGGACAAUAGGUACACUGAUUCGACUACCUCUAUGUCGACAACAUCAUCUGAGGGUUAUGAUGAAGGUCUGGGAGAGGAGAAGGUCUACAAAGACCUUUCUGAAAGACAAAGACGUUCCGAUAAGAUUCCAUCCAUCAAGUCUGAUUUCAGUCCACCAAGUUCAGAUGAUCCAGAGUAUGGACAUGGUGAGGCCAUGGCGGAUGAGUAUUCGUUAAGUUCCAGCGAAGAAUGUCAGAGGACCAGUUCCACCGAGCAGUUGAAGACUAUUUCGAACGCAGCCAAAAACGGAACUCUUCCUAAAAGUACUUUGAGGUCAGUGCUUCUUACGAUUGAAGACCCGGCGUUUGCGGCAGUUGCCGCGACAGCAACGACGCUCAUUGAUGACGAGACUUCUCCAGUGGAUAGUCUUUUUGAUAGUCCAACAGUCAGUAUUACACAUUCAGAUGGGAAGACGAAGAAGGAAAAGGAUUUGGAUAAAUCGCCGAAUAAUGAUGAUGAUUGUCCGGGAACGCCUACGAACGCAUCGAAUUCAUUGAGUUUGUCGGAAGGGAGGGAAUACUUUGAUGAUGAGAUUGAAGACCAACCUGGAUUGGUUUUUGAUGAAACCUUGAGAGCUCCGACGGAGGGAAGGUCUAGGGCUGGUAGUCAAGCGCACACGGAAAAUAGCCAGACUGUGAUCGAGUCUACGCCAAAAACAACUCUCUUUCAACCUAAAAGUGUGGAGAACAGUCCUAUGCAUAUGCGCAGAGUAACCAGGGCUGGAAGCAUCGACACUUUGUCUUCAUGUGAAUCAAUUGCCUCCGAUGAUUUAAUGUGUGAUUACGAAAGAAGUGAUGCCAGCUCAUAUGGAGAUACAACGCACCGAAUUCAUUCCAUGCACGAUGACGAUGAUGUUAAUGAAUUGCUGGAUCUAGAAGCACAAAGUGAAGAAGUGAUGAGAGAAUGGUCUUCUUUAAUAGGAGUCCAUCAUGCCAAUUCCAAUUCUACUAAUAACAAUGCAAAUUCUGGCAUCAACAACAAUAAUCCCACGACAGAAUCAGGAAUCAGCAGUAGCAGAACGUCCAGAUUAUUGCGAAGUAGAUUCGGCACAGACUCACCAAGAUCUCUGGACAAUGUAAGGACGAGACAAGUUUUCAGCCCCCUCAGGCCCCCGCGAAAUGUCCAAUCGCCAAGUUUGGAUUCCGGAGAUGAAGGAAGCCUUCGGCUGGAACGUGGAACGUACCAGCAUAUGUUCCAGGACAUCGUCUCUAUCAAGACUAUGCUCUUGAAACUAAAGAGGGUUCUUCAGGAGUCAGGAGAGAACGGUUUGACGAGGGCAGAAACUCUCAACCCAUUCGAUAAUUCUUUAAAGAAUGGUCUCUUCUACAACCUGAACGAGGAGGGAACGACUGAUACUAGCACAUCUCCUAGCAGUGUGAAAGACAACAUAAGCGACGAAUUAACUGAUUUAAGAAGGCAGGUUGUUUUCUUGCAAGGUCAAGUCGAAGAUAAAGAUCGGACGAUACAGUUGCUCCAGUUGCAAAUGACGAAGCACCAGGGUCUGAAUGGAGUAGAAUCUCAAUUAAAAACCCCUACUGGCCAAAGUGAGGUAAAAGAAACUUGCAAUGCGACAACGCAAACAGAAAAGAUACGUCCAGUCUCAGCAGGACCUGGGAUGCUGCAGUCACUUCCUCAGGAUAGCGGCAUGGGGCCCCUCGUUAGUUGGAGUGACUUCAACAAUCACCGCCCUCCAUUGAUCGCAGAAUUUAACCAAAACAAGUCCCGCAAAUCAGCGGAUCGUUCAUUCCGAAUGUUGCGUUCGCCGAAGGAACACACGUCAAAUCGGAAGAUUGGAUUGGCAUCAGAUAUUUCUUCGAAUAACAUCUCGACGAAAGACACCCAAACUGCGAAAUCCGUCGAUUUAGCUGAAAUUGUUCAAGAAUUACCUAUAAAAAUUGAAUCCUCGCCAAUAAAAUCAUCGAUACCCGCACCCAGGAGGUUGGCAACUUCAACGCUUAUACCGAGAUCAGCAAGAGCUGUUUCAGCCACGGGUCGAAUACCUGGUCCAGAUUUAGGAAUAACAUACAGAGGCUAGUCUCCUGGCUCUCCAAAUUUUGGAAAUUCUAUUUCGUCCACUCCUAAAAUAAAUUAAUUGUAAAUAAAGCUUUAAAAUUUAUAGGCCUAAUUCUUUUUAGCUUCAUCUCUAUUGCUUCUCGAUUGCUGAGAAUUUACAAAUUUAAUUUGAUAAACAUUCCCUAAAUUUGGACUGAGCGAUUGUGAUGAAAUUAUUGAGCAAGUGUACAUUGUAAAAAUUUACACGCAGAAAUGUAAAUUUUUUUUUUAACAAGUUUGAUUCGAACGACCGUCGUGAAAAAUUGAAAACUUACCGCCCUUAGGUUUAUGAUAUAAUUUAUUUGGUCGAGCUUUUUGUAGAUUUAUCGAAUUUGUAACAAAUAGCGAUAUCUGUAUAUAUUUGAUUGGUACAAACGUAAGAUUUUUUAUCGUACGUAGUAAUCGUAUAAGUUUAAACUCUCACCUCGCGGCAAGAAGAUAUUAAUCGGGUGAUUGUAUUCUUUUCUUGCUUUACAUAUUUAUUAUCGUGAUCUCAGAGAAUGUGUUUUUUUUCUUUGCACGAAAGCUCAGUUUAUUUCUCCUCGAAAGAAUAAUUUCUAUUGUAAAAAAAUACGUUUAUUUCGAUAAUUGCACAGCUUAUUGGCUCGUGCUUUUUUUGCAAAGUUGCAGAAUUAAAACGCUUUUGCAAUAUACAAUGUAUUAUCUUUUUAUAUAUUAUUUUGCAGUCUCGAUCGCUUGAUUUGCAAUAAUUUAAUUAGGUACAUUCGCAUGUACUCGUCAAUUUUUUUUCUGGCGGUCGAAUACGUAUUCUGCAGUAUUUUAAACUACAUUUCUGAGGACUUUCAAUUUGUAGAGGAUGCCUAUAAACCUGAAGCUACUCUUUGUUUCAAGUCAAAGUCCUUUAGUGAAUUUCUCAUAGUUUUGUAAUAAGAUCUUAUUAUUUCUGGUGCUAAUUUAUACAUAGAUUUCUUCGAUUGGAAUAAUUUAUUAAUUUGAUUAAUUGGAAUUAAUCAAGAAUUUUUAUUUGGAAACAAUAUCUGUUAAUUUAAAAAUUAUUCAUCUUUUUUCAAUCGCUUACAGUUUUAAAUUGAAAAGGCCUGAAAAAUUAUGUCUAGUUUCUCCUGAAUAGUUGAAAAAUGAAAGACUUGAUUCCGAGAAACUGCAUGAAAAUUACUUUUGUUUUGUUGUAAAAGCUAAUCCUAUUAAUUGAAAAAGGAUUUUUUUACGCUAUUAUACCUUGCUACUAGAAAAUGAUAUUGUGAUGACAAGCAAAUCGAAACUAUGUUCUAAGGUACAAAGAUUUAUUUCUCGAUAAUUUAUAUUGUACGUUGUGAAUCUCUUUUAUACAAGGACGCAUUCCAAAUCGACAAACUAAAAUUCCAAUUAGCUACACGUCUUUUAUGUAUAUUUGACAGAUUGUGAUAAUUUAAAAAAAAUUAAAAACGCAUAUUAAAAUAAUCUUUGAUUCUGCAAUCUGUACUUGUAGUGCCAUUUGGCAUGAAAUAGUGAUAAUACUGCGAAUGAAAUAAAGAAACGUAUUUACUCGUA